AUGGUUGUUCAUCACUGUAAUUCGGAUGCAGGAUUUCAUGAAUUUUUGGCAAAUGCUGGCGCAAAACCUGUUAUUGUUGAUUUUUAUGCAAUCUGGUGUGGACCAUGUCGACGAAUAGCACCAAUAUUUGAGCAACUUUCCAAUCAAUAUUUAAAUGUUGCAUUUCUUAAAGUUGACGUUGAUAAGGCAAAAGAUCUAUCGACACUUCAGGGAGUUACUGCAAUGCCUACAUUCAUUGUAUACAUGAAUAGGGUGAAAGUUGAUCUUUUGCGUGGUGGUGAUCCAAAUGCAUUAGAAGCAUUGGUAAAAAAUGAUGAUAAUGCAACAUUAAGGAGUCUACUUAAUGGUAAAGGUAGUGGUCCAUCAGCACCAAAAACAGUUAAAAUUUUUACAAAUCUUGCAAGUAUCCUUGAUUUUGAUCGAGCAGCAGGUGCUGAAAGUGUACAGACGAUCUCCUUUUCCGAAAAGGCCGUCGAAGGAGAGUUAUGUAAUCUGCGUUACGUGAAAUUUCAAAGCGUGAAAAAUAUACAGUUAUUUGUGGAAGAUAAUCAAGGCGGAACUGAAAAUACAACAAUUGAAGCUCUUCGCUUUUAUGGAACACCACUUUCUGCAACAAACAUGCAGGAUUUUAAACGAGUUUCUGGCAAAGUUGGUGAAGUGGGACACUGA